UAGCGGACGCGGCCCCGUCACGAGGGGUCGGUAGGGGCUCCCAGUGGACAGCUCUGCGUCUCCUCUAAACACAGUUAACCACCUCGGUUAACCACAACCGACUCGACCCGAAGGUUCCAACGGCGUUGGCUUGAUGGGAUCCAGGCGAUUGACAAAGUGAUGGUCUGAGGACUCGCAGUCGCGGAGGUGCUUGCGCGUGGAAUGUUGCGCUGGUCGGUGCACCUUGAAGGAGGGCCGCGGAGAGUCAACCAUGCUGCUGUGGCGGUGGGGCACAAGGUGUACUCCUUCGGAGGCUACUGCUCCGGGGAGGACUACGAGACGCUCCGUCAGAUUGAUGUGCAUGUCUUCAACACAGUGUCUCUGCGCUGGAUGAAGUUGCCUCCUGUGAGGAUCGGAGGAGGACACGAACGUGUCCGCGAAGUGCCGUAUAUGCGUUACGGCCACACCGCUGUGCUGCUGGAAGACAUUAUCUACCUCUGGGGUGGUCGUAACGACACGGAGGGGGCCUGCAAUGUGCUUUAUGCCUUUGAUGUCAACACCCACAGAUGGUUCACCCCCAAGAUUUCGGGAACUGUUCCGGGGGCCAGAGACGGCCACUCCUCCUGCGUCCUGGGGAAGGCAAUGUAUAUAUUUGGAGGAUACGAGCAGCUGGCUGACUGCUUCUCCAAUGACAUCCACAAGCUGGACACCACCACCAUGGUUUGGUCAUUAAUUAAUACCAGAAGCACACCGGCACGCUGGAGGGACUUCCACUCUGCCACCAUCAUCGGGACGAAGAUGUUUGUGUUCGGAGGGCGAGCGGACCGCUUCGGUCCCUUCCACUCCAACAACGAGAUCUACUGCAACAAGAUCAAAGUGUUCGAUACGCAGACCAACUGCUGGCUGAGCACGCUGACCACACAGCCGCUGCCAGAGGGACGCAGGAGUCAUUCAGCCUUUUCCUACAAAGGGGAGCUGUACAUAUUUGGCGGAUACAAUGCACGUCUGGACCGGCACUUCAAUGACCUCUGGAAAUUCAAUCCAGAAGCCCUUUCCUGGACGAAGGUAGAACCAAAGGGGAAAGGCCCGUGUCCCCGGAGACGCCAGUGCUGUUGUAUGGUUGGGGAUCGAAUCAUCCUCUUUGGAGGAACCAGCCCCUGUCCGGAGCAAGGAAUGGGUGACGAAUUUAACCUCAUGGAUCAUUCAGACCUGUAUAUCUUAGACUUCAGCCCUAAUUUGAAGAUGUUAUGCAAAAUAGCUGUUAUUCAAUACAGUCUGGAGCAGUCAGGACUCCCACAUGAUCUCAGGUGGGAACUGGCGGCCAUGACCACCAACAGCAACAUCAGCAGGCCCAUCUUCUCCUCCCACGGCUGACGCCACAGAAUGUGAAGCAGACCUGGGACUGCCCGCUCCGAUUCAGGACACCGAGCUUUUAAUCCUUCUAAUCAAGCUGCGAUGGACUGGGGUUUUUUUUGUAGAGUUUGGACCCUUACGGGAUUAUUUUUUCCCACGUUCACUUCAAGUGACAACUCAUUACUGACCAAGACAUCCCACAUGUGACUUCCUCGGAAACCGGAUUUUUUAACACCCCGAGACACUGGUUUACGUGUGACGAAAAUCUAUAAAAUCCUGUUCACCUUCUUGUCUUCUUUUGUAGAAUCUCUAAAGAUCCAUUCAGCCUAUGAUAAUCAUAGACUUCUAAUCACAAGCACAGGAGGGACGAGGACCUCAGCUGAAGGUAUCGCAGAACUGAACCCUUUCUGGUCAUGAGUUUGUGAAUCUAGCAGCCCCACCGUGGUCAUAAAACCAUGGAGCAACUACCACGUCAAUCAAGCAGUGUGGAGAGGACGUAGCCAGAACUUGUUACCUAGGUGUUAAAUGCAGAGAGCGUGAGUAUUGGGUGUUCAGUGUUCUGUGAGAUGUCCCGUGUGUCCGCCCGGUAAAAGUCCAUCUACCUCCCUCGAUACGGCGCGUUUCAUUGAGGCUUUCAGACUUCCCGUAUAUUUUACCUCCACGUUACCGCCAGAACAAAAGGGUCCCUUUCACAUCGUUUUGGUCUGUAGUUUUCCUCCGAGAAAUGCUUCAGCGUCCCUGGAGCAGUGCGACUCCAACCUGCAGCUCACUAAUAGGCAUCAUGUAGUUGUUCCUCUUGUAGACAAUCCUGAAGCGAUCGGACUUUUCUCUUGACCCGCUCAGUCCCUGUGAGGGGUGGUGGGAUCGGGGGGGGGAGGGGGAAGAGGAAAGUGCAUGGGUGCUUGUGUCUGAAUGCGAGCAGAUCAUAACCUGAGCAGAUGUUAUCACACACUCGCCACACAGCUGGACAAUGACUUGGGGACAUUUAUUCAGGUCGUGUGUUUUCAUUCUAAUCCCCCAUUUUAGAACAAAACUUUGAAAACACGGUGGUGGUGGUGGGCUUUUUUUAAAAUAACGUUUUAUCUCAGCCCACUUUAGUCAAAUGAUACGGUUGGUGAUAUCUUGAAGUGGUUAUGUAAUAUGUAGUAUCUGAAAACAUGCUAAAUAAAGCAUUAGGACUUCUCAGUGGAUGGAUUGGUGCGUGUACAGCAGGACAACUCCAGGUAAACUGGAGUGAACAUUUAUGGGAUUUAUGGCGACUGCCGAAGUCUGCAGGCAGAUGUAUCCGGCUUUGGAUACACACACAAUACCUUUUUUGAUAUUUUUAUGUUUGACGAAUACAGCAUAUCACCAGACGUAUCCUUUGAGUAAAUAAUAAUAGGGCAUGCCAUUGAAAUUAACGACUUGGUGACGACGAAUAUACAGGUGCUAAAGUUUUAUUUAUACUGCCUGUUGGCUGGUGGUAUUAACUUGUGUUACCACGCUGUUGUGAGCUGCCUUGAAGCUUUCAGUCGUGGUCUGGACCGGCCAGAUAGUCCAGAUAGACAGAUAUAUCAGUGUCUGAUUAGCUGGCUGGAAUCAAACCCUGCAGGGCUCCGGGUCCCAAACACCAGGGCUGGAUAACACUGACCUGCGUGGUAAAUGUUUACAAAUCCGUGUGUUCCAUGUGAGUCAGUGUAAACAACCCCAAACGCAGGUCGAAGUCACUCAAUAACUGCACUAAAGCCCAUCGUGGCGGGACAGGCCUUACAGAGAGGAGACAAGGGGACGGUGGUCUGCCUGAAUUUGAUUUUAGACCCAGCGGUGCCAAUGUGACUGGGUCUUACGGCCCGUAGGCCGCACACAGGCAGGGACGUAUCGCACGCCCGAUAUGGCUCAGAAGCGCCGUCACCGGGACGACGCGUCAGACGAGAACCACCGGGGAGCCGACAGUGUGUUUAAGGGGAAAAGUCAAUACUGUCCUGUCCAAGCUCUUUUUUUAUUUUAUUUUCAUCUAAAGUUUGAUGUGGAAGUCAUUUUUAUUUGGUCUUUUGUUGUGCGUGAGGAUUAUGAGUGAUGGUAUUUACGGUCAAGUGCUUUUCAGGAAUACGACAAAGUGACCGUGGAGGCACUUUGGUCAAAAAUAAAAUACUCGCGUAACAAAUCUCAGUGGUGGUCACUUAAGGAAGGCUGUCAUGAGGACUUUUGGUGAUUCAGCCUGGAUAUGAUGCCAUUGCAGUGAUGUUAAACUGCAGUUUGCCCUUGUUAUUUCUAAUUUGACUUUGUAAAAAAAAAAAAAACAUUAAAAAAAAAGAAC